CUAUUUCGACGAAAUUGAGAAACUCCUUGCGCUGCAUUUCAAAGAGCCACGUGUAGGUGCAGGAACCAGUCCCUGCGCCGCUCACCGGGAAACCCCGCCCCCAGUGACCUUUCACCCGGCUGCACAGGGCUGACGGGAAGCCCCGCGGCGUCCUGUUUCCAUGGUGACGCGGCUCGAGAACCUCCGCCGCCCGUUUUCAGCAUCGAGGACCCAGUGGCCGCACUCUCCCAGUGCAACAAACCAAGAAUACUAUAUGGCAGGAAAAAUGAACGAACAACCAUGAAGAAGUCUCUGCCAUUACCAGAAAGCAAAUCUCAAGCCCCAUUGAGGAAGAAACGUGGCUAAAUUGCCAUCAAAGAAUUACAAGCUAUCACACUGCAUCUAGUCUUGCUGUGAAGUUGUGCAGUGAGCAGCAGGAGACAGAGCAGAGGUGACUUUGGAGACCAGGAAGUUGCUAGGAAGACAUUUGAGAUUUCCUGAACCUUCUCAACAUGGCACGAGCAGUUCAACUGAGAAGAGCUGCAACUGAUUUAGUUAGCUGGCAUCAAGAUCAGGCAGUCAACACCACAAUAUAUAUUCUGAGAGAAUUGGGUCCAGUUGGUUUUCUUCUUAAAGAAGAAGGUAUAUCUAAAUAUUUUAAAGUGAAUAUAGGAAACAUUCACACCUGCAACUGUUCCACGUUUCUCAAAGAGAAGGACCUCUGCAAGCACAUCUGCUGGAUUUUGUUAAAGAAGUUUAAACUACCACGUGGUCAUGAAUAUGCUUUCCAACUUGGCCUUGUGGACCGAGAAAUCGAAAUAUUGUUGAACAGUCUUCAUACAGAACAGGCACCACAGUCACUCCCUAACAAAUAUAAGAAAAAGCAAAAGGAUGAAGAAAUAGUUGGUGCUGUAUGUCAGAAGGAAAUUGAUCCAGAAGAUGUCUGUCCCAUUUGUCAGGAAGAGCUAUUGAAAAAGAAACAACCUGUAACAUAUUGCAGGUAUAGCUGUGGAAACAAUGUCCAUAUCAAAUGCAUGAAAAUUUGGGCAGAACAUCAGGUAAAGACUGAGAGUGAAACCAUUGCCAAAUGUCCUCUCUGCAGAAAGGAGUUUGCACCACUUUCUCUCUUGCAAGAAGAAUUUAGAAACUCCACAAAACUUCUGGCUGCAGAAAGAGAAAGACUUGACAAACACCUUGGUAUUCCAUGCAACAACUGCCAGGUUUGUCCAAUUCAGGGCAAAUGUUACAGGUGUUUAAGAUGUCCUGAUUUUCACCUUUGUCAGGAGUGUUUUCCACGCCUGAACCAUCCUAAGCAUGAGUUCACUUAUCGAGAGAAGAGAAAUCAGCGUUGGAAACCAGUACAACAGGUUUCUGGCAUGCCUUUGCCAUUAGCAGUUAUCAAUGAUCUAAUGAACAGAGAAAUAGUUUCCAAUGACUAUGAUCUCCUUCUGCAAUUGGACAGAAAUAGAUCCAACACUGUACCAGGCCACAUAGUGCUGACUUUACCCUUGUUAAUAGUGAAAGAGCAAAGCAAACUCCUUGUGCCUGGUCAGCAGUGCAGAGUCUGUCUAAAAGCAUUCCAAUUAAGGCAGCAAGUUCGAUGGCUGCCUUGUCAUCACAAAUUUCACAAAGACUGCAUUGACCAUUGGCUAUUGCAUGAAUCUAAUUCAUGUCCAAUUGAUGGACACGCAGUCUAUAAUCCAUUAACCUGGGAUGAAGGAUCAAGCAGAUGCAAAAAGAGAGAGGCAUUCACCAAUUCUGAGCAUUCCAGCUCUAAUAUUCAACCGGAUAAACCUCAGUUUGCUAUUCCAGUGAUUGGUUACCAUUCAUCACUGAGAAAAAGCAGCAAUCAAACCUAUGGUCAGCUAAAUCAAAACCAACGUCAAAGAGGAUAUGGAGAUCAAAAUUCUAUAAACAUCACAAAGGAUUUUGCUGUAAAUGGAUUAAAUUACUUCCGUUUGAAUGAAAUAAAAAAUGAAACAAGCAUAGAUCAAGGUCAUAAUAUACAACAUUCAAUACCUGGAGGAAUGUUUGAAGAACAUGUCCCAGGUCUUUUACCUGAUACAAGAGGUAAAAAUAAUUCUGCAGCUGUUCAAGUUGAAGCAAAGGACUCUAAAGAUAGUCAAAUAAAGAAAAGAAAUAUUGUCAUUAGCAAGACUCAUAGCGCUGGUUUAAGUGGUACAUCGAUAUUGCAGUCCAUGCACAACAGCAAAUCUAACUCAACAGAAUUAUCACCGCAACAGAUCUUACAGGUGGAGCUUUGUCCACAUGACAGUAGUUCCAUACAGAGAACUCAAAGCAGUGGGCUUAAAGGUGAAAUCAGAAAACAAGUUGGACUCCUUUCAAGAAAAGUCAGAUGUGCAUCCAUGAGUUCAGCCACCGAAUGUGUGAGUCUUGCUAUGGAAGGAGUCGCAGUGAACACCAGAUUAUAAAGCCAUUCAAUUAUUGUAGCAUAUUGUCUAGCAAGAAGUUUAAAAUUAUUAAUACAGCUGUUACUUGAAAUUUGUAAAACCUGUUUUCUAGUAACAUUUUAAAAAUUGUGGACAAAAUCACAAAGUUUUUGGAAAUCCACAAUUCAUGCAUGACUCUCUAAGAAAGCAGAAACUCAAAGUUAUCCCACAGAAAUUUCAAAAAUGAGAGCCUUUACCUAUAUUGCAAAAUCUAAUUAACCAAGAAUAACAAAAAGGUAGCAUCAAAAUAGAGUAGCAUAUCACUUGACUUGAGCGUUUUAAUAAAUGAGUCAAUGUCUCUACCAGGUUUUAUAGUCUAUAUUUUUUGUGCAGAAUACUACUCCUAAUUACGUGUGGGAAUAUUUUAGUUUAUAGUGUUUCUUGAUCAUUCAUUUUAUUUUGAAUCGGGUGAAGAUGUGUAGCCCAUUAUAGUUUUUUUUCAUUUGAUUAGUGUUAUUCCAAGAAAUAAAGUGCAGUUAGUACGACAGAAUUUAGUAUUUAAAAAAUCAACUCUUGCAUUUUUGUCAGAUACUGCAGGCUAUCCUAAAACAACAACUCUGUCACACUUUAGACUAGUUAAUAAUGGGCAUGUUAAAUAUUAUGAGAUAAUAUAUUUGAUACUAAAUAAUACAUAGUAUAGAAAAUUAUAUUUGACAGCAUUUACUAAACAUAACAGCAAUGUUAUGAAAUUGUUACUUCCAGUUAAUGGUGGUAAUAUGCUGUAAAUUAAUAAUCCAGAAAAUAAUGAAUAUGCAGUUAUUGUUGUGUAAAAGAAUAGCUCAAAGAAGAUUAUUAUCAUCUGAAUCAUUUUAUUAAAUUGACCUACUUAUUUGAAAGAAGCAACAAAAAAUCCAACAACUCCUCUGACUAAUAUCAAGUCCGAUAUUACUUGAAAAGAGACCAAGGAAGGGUAAUCCAGUUCACCUGCUUGGAAUAUGGAAAAAAGUUGACUUAACUUUAAUUAUGAUUAAAAGAGAUUGUUAACUACAUAUCCUGACUUUUUUAUUUUAAAGAGUUUAUUGUGUUUCGUAACUUUUUAGCAACAUCAUAAACUCAUUAGUUUAUAAAAUAAAAAUACAUUUGUUUUAUUUCAUCUGCUGUCAACUUAAUUAAAUACACAUUCUCCUCUAUCUUUAAUGCUGUUGUUCCCAGUAAACAUUAACUGCAUCCACCUUGACUGUUCCACACUAACAUGGCCCAUUCACACUUAACUGUUAACACAAAAACAUUUGUAGUCAAUCCUCUCAUGAGUUGACAUUUUAAUUGAUUUUCUCUCUUUGGGUACUAUAUCAGUCCAGUCCAAAACCAGUGAUAGCAAUCGAGAAAUUAUCCUCAAACUUUGAAGUUCUUAAAUGUACCCUCACAAAAAUAUGCCCAUCUUUUCCACGAGGCUAUGUCUAAAUUUCUGUAAUCAGUUAAAAAUCGGGACCUUGGGUUCAUGUCACAUUACAGGUGAUCACCAUUGCACUACAUACACACACAGAUAUUCCUAC